UCAAGGUGAGGUCUGACUUUGACCCUUAUGUUAGUGAAGCCCUAAAGUUAGUUUGGGUUCCUCUUCCCACUUAACCUGUUUCUUCUCUCCACAGAAUGAAAAGAAUAUGUUUUUUACUGAGACCGAUAAGAAAGCCAUUCAUUCCUUCACUCCUGUCACUGCUGACUCUAUGUGUCCUGCUGUUGCUCAGUGUGAAGUACAGCUACAUCCUUGAGUCUGUACCUCCCCCAGCCGCUUCCGAUGACCUUCAGACAUAUCACAAGUACAACAUUAACUGUUUGGCUAUAUAUGACAUGGACCCAGUGGAGGUGGGUAAAUCGCUGAUCAUCAGACGGAAACAAGUUGUGGAGGACAAAGAUGAAAGUCUGGUUAACCUCACCUCAAACUGCCCAUUAUUCAUCAAGUCCAGAGGAUAUGAUGAUGUGUGUGUCUCAGACGAGGAGAGAGACUUUCCUCUUGCUUACUCACUGGUUGUGCAUAAAUCUGCAUGGAUGAUAGAGCGACUCAUCAAAGCGCUGUACUCACCCAGUAACAUCUACUGUAUCCACUAUGAUCACAAGUCCUCAGCUCUGUUCAUCUCGGCUGUGGAGGGUUUAGCCCGCUGUUUGCCAAAUGUCUUCAUCGCUUCCAAGCGAGAGUCUGUCUUCUAUGCGAGCAUCAGUCGAUUGAAAGCUGAUCUCAACUGUUUGUCGGACCUUUUGGAGCCUGAAGUCCAGUGGAAGUAUGUGAUCAACCUCUGCGGCCAAGAUUUCCCCCUCAGGUCCAACAUCGAGCUGAUGUCAGAACUAAAGGAGUUAAAUGGAGCUAAUAUGCUGGAGACAAGCCGGCCCAGUGAGCAGAAAAAGCAGAGGUUUACCUUUCACCACGAGCUGAAGGAUGCCAGCUUUGAAUAUCAAAAACUGCCGGUGAAAACGAAGAACAAAAAGACCCCACCGCCACACGGCAUAGAGAUGUUCUCCGGCAAUGCCUACUUUGUCCUGUCACGGGACUUUGUGGAGCACAUAGACUCCUCAGCUGUAGUGAAAGAUUUUUUGGCCUGGUCAGAGGACACUUACUCUCCAGACGAACACUUCUGGGCAACACUUGUUCGACUGCCAGGGGUGCCUGGAGAGGUGCCCAGAUCCCAGCCUGACAUCACUGACCUGAUGAGUAAGACCAGGCUGGUGAAGUGGCAAUACCUGGAGGAGAAGAUAUACCCGCCCUGCUCAGGGGGACACGUCCGCAGCGUUUGUAUUUUUGGUGCAGCCGAGUUGCGUUGGUUGCUAAACUACGGCCACUGGUUCGCCAAUAAGUUCGACCCCAAAGUGGACCCUAUUCUUAUUCAGUGCCUUGAGGAGAAACUGAAGGAAAAACAAAAGUCAUUCCAGUCAGUGGCAUCUCAUGCAUGUCAUAAGGGUUAA